AUGACAAAACGUCUACGUCGUUUACCAUCAUCCUCGUCAUCCUCAUCAUCUGAAAUGUCUUUGCUUGAAAAUGAUGAAAUUAAUUUAUUUUCAUCAGUUAAUCGCAUUCCAUGUCGAACUAAAGUAACCGGUCGAUAUCAAUCAGAUAUGUAUACUGGUUUAAUCUCAACAAAUCGUAUGUAUUCCAAUGGUAAAUUAUUUACACGUCUUGAACAAUUAAUAACAAUACAUCAUGAUGAUCAAAUACGUUCAUUAUUAUUAAUACUUCGUCAUUAUUCAUUAAAACAUCAAUGGACAAGUAUAUUGUAUUACCUAAAAUCUCUUUUACAAUCAACAUUCUGUCGCGCAUAUAUGCGUCUUUAUUGGCAAUUAAUAUUUCGUUAUUUAAUUGAAAAUUUCAAUGAAAACAAUCAAAUAGAUCUAUCAUUUUUAUCACAAAUUUUUGAAAAUUUAUUUCAUUCACCAACUAUUGAUCGUACACAAACAUUCUAUUCUUAUCUUUGUUUAUAUCUAUUAAAUCCUCAAACAAUACAUUUAUAUAAUGACAUAGAAACACGUUAUAAAAAUCUUCCUCAACCAUUCUAUUCAGGUCGAUGUAAACAUGUUUCAUAUAUAUAUAAAUUUAAUCCUAAAUUUGAACAAUUAUUAUUAAUAAAUCUACAUUUUCUAUACGAUUAUCGACAAUGGUUAGAAGAUUAUUCAUUAAUACAAACAACAAUUAAUCCAUUUAUAAAUUCAGUUAAAAUUCCAUUUGAUAAUGAACGUAAUUUAGAAUUAUGGGCAUUUAAAUUAACAACAAAUUUUCAUGAAAUACAAUUUUUAUCAAAUGAAUAUUUCGAUAAUUAUGAUAUAUAUCUAUUAAAAUAUCUUUAUUUUCUUUAUAUAACACAAACAAAUAGUGAACAAAUAUCACCUAUACUUGAAUUAUAUAUUCAACAACAUCAAAUAUAUAUAAAUGCGUAUAAAUAUAGUUAUUGGUUUGAUUUAAAUAUAAAUUCAUUGAAGAAAUUAAUUGAAUACGAUCCAAGUUCAUCACCUUAUGUAUUAAUUUAUUGUGAAGAAAUGAGAAAAAAUUUUAUUGAAAUAUUUGAUCGAUUAUUUGAUUAUUUAGAUUAUGAAAAAAAUAAAAAUGAUUAUCAAGCAUGGAAAUUAUUCUUAGAAAAUUUAUUUUUAUUUGAUAUUGAAGAUAAAAAUAUUAUUCAAUGUAUUAAAGAUAAUUGGACAAUAAGAAAAUUAAUUUGGAAAAAAUUUCAUUUUAAAUCGUUUGAAAAAUCUCAUUAUGAAAAAGCAAUUAUUGCUUAUAUAUUUAUCGAUGAUGAUGAAAAACGAUCAAAUCUACAAAUACAAUGGUUAAAUAAUGAGCAAAAUAAAUAUGCCGAUAUGUUACAUCGAUAUUUGACUGUGUUGGAAUAG